UCGAAUCGAUGGUUGUCCCUGCCUUAAUCUUCUAUGGUAUCAUGUCGUCGUCAGCUACGGUACCUCUCUUAGAGGAUGAGACGUUGGAAUUCGGCGAUGAAGAUGUAGAUCCUUCAUAUAAAAAGGGUGCAUUAACGCACCCUUAUGUUACUUUCUUCCAUCUAGCUUUCAGAUGUAGUGCGUUAUUUGGCUAUUUGUUCUAUCGAAUAUUCACAAGUAGUUUCAUAACCAGUUUUGUAGUCAUAGUAUUACUACUAUCAAUGGAUUUCUGGACUGUGAAAAAUAUAACAGGACGUCUUAUGGUGGGCCUGAGAUGGUGGAAUUAUGUGGAUGAUGAAGGGAAGUCACAUUGGGUUUUUGAGUCUCGUAAGGGACAACAGAGUCGAAUAAAUGAAAGAGAGUCUGCUAUAUUUUGGACAGCAUUAAUUCUGACACCAAUAGUUUGGAUUCUAUUUUUUAUUACUGCACUCUUUAGCUUUAAUAUACAAUGGCUGCUUUUGGUGAUGAUUGCAUUGAUACUGAGCAGUUCUAAUCUUUAUGGCUAUAUGAAAUGUAAAAUAGGGACAAAUCAAAGUGUUUCAAGUGUAACCAAAAAUUUCUUCCGAACACAAGUUUUGCAGAAUGCAGUUUCAAUUGUUUCCAGGCAAGCCACAAAUUCCUUUGAAAAUCCUCCACAGAAUACAGUUUGAAACUUUAAUGAUUUUGUUUAUCUAAAUUAAUUGAGUGUAUUAUUUUUUAUUUAUGUAUAUUUUGUUAUCUAUUAAAUUGUUUGAUUGUCCUCCUCUUGCUUAUAGACAAGGA